UCAUCAAGUAAUUCAUCAUCCAAUUCAAGUUGAGCCAAUUUACUCUGUAAAUCAUCAACUGAUUGAGAUUGAGAUUGAGAUUGAGAUUGUGGUUGAGCUUGUGGUUCUAAAUCAUUUAAGAAAUCCGUAUCAUCUUCAAAUAAAUCUUCAAGACUUUUAAUAGGAUUACUGGCUUCUAUAUGUUUAGGUUCGGGAACAGAUUGUUUAGCUUGUAAGUCAGUAAAGAAAGUAUCAUCAGAUUGACUAACUUCAGCAUGAACUGGUUCAGGUUCUGGAUGGUUCACUGGAUAGUUGUUUUCCUGUUGAACCUCUUGUUGAACUUCAUGUUGAGCCUCUUGUUGAGCCUCUUGUUGAACCUCUUGUUGAGUUUCCCAUGGCAAAGCAGAUCGAGUUUCUGGUUGAGAUUCCCAUGGCAAAGUCAGUUCAUGUUGUUCAAUUGGCUGUUGAUCAUCGAAUGUUUGAUUCUGUAAUGUCUGUUCUAUACGUUCUUCCCAUGGUAAUGAUGGAGCUCGUGCUGGUUGACUCCAUGGAAAUGAAUUAGCUCUUUCAGGUUGCUCCCUUGGUGACUCAGAUUUAGGAGGUUCUUCCCAAGGUAAUACUUCAUUCAGUGAUUGUUGAGCUGGUUGCUCUUCCCAUGGUAAUGGCUCUUGUUGAACUGGUUGAGCUGGUUGCUCUUCCCAUGGUAAUGGUUCUUGUUGAACUGGUUG